AUGUAUCACCAGCGUAUUCAGCAGCGGGCGGCAGAGCUGGAUCACCAAUUGAAGUGCGAGCGGGCAGAGGCUGAGGCGGAGCAGAUGAAGGCGCGUGCAGAGGAGGAGGGAUUGACAGACGAUCUGUUGGCUACAGAGGCAGAGGCACGAGAGCAGCAGAAGAUUCAACUGAUACAGGAACAGGCAAAGCGUAUGGCGCGUGUUGUAGAGAAAGAAAUAAACCCUGGAGCUGAUGGGAGUUACUCACCUGAACUCGAACCGUAUGAAGAUGAGGCAGAGGUACCCAAACCCAGGGGCCCAUACUCUCCUGUAUUGUACCCCUUCGAUGAAUUCCGUAUGGAGACGAACAUACUGCACCCCGAUGAGGAACUUGAACAGAGAAUGGCAGAAAGAAAGAUAGCAAAACACCGCGAACGUGAACGACGGCUGAUUCAACUCGGUCUAGAUAAAGAAAAAGAAACACCUGAAGAGGAAAAUGAUGACGAAAUCUUAGAUCCUGCGGCAAAGAUCGUUACGUACGAGGAUUUCGUGCGCAAGGAACAGAAAAAUGCAAGUCCUGACGAGGAGGUGCUUGCCGCGUCAUCUGAAAUGAAGCUGAAACAGCACUACGGGUGGGAAGAGAAGUACCGCCCAAGGAAACCUCGUUUUUUCAAUCGUGUACGGACUUGUUAUUUCUGGAAUAAGUACAACCAGACACACUACGAUCACGAUAACCCGCCUCCGAAGAUCGUGCAGGGCUAUAAGUUCAAUAUAUUCUACCCGGAUUUGAUCGACAAGACCAAGACCCCCACGUGGACUCUAGAGCCCUCUGAUACACCCGACACGAUCAUCGUGCGUUUCCAUGCGGGUCCACCGUAUGAAGAUGUUGCAUUCAAGGUUUUGAAUCGCGAAUGGCAUUUAGAAAGAUUUAGAGGUUUCCGCAACGUAUUCGAUCGCGGCAUCAUGCAGCUGUACUUCAGCUUCAAGAAGUACUGCUACAGGCGAUAA